GAAAGAGAGGCCUGUGUGCAAACUUCUCUGCUUUCAUUGCCUGGGAACAAAGAAGCUGAGGCCCAGGCCCAGACUUCAUUUAGUUCAUUGCCAGAAUGGAAGUCUUUGAGUAGUUCCCCCCAAUCACAACCUUCCUGUCUCGAACUAUUAGAGAAGAUUGCUUCUUUGCCAAUGCUAAUUGAGACCCAGAUGCAAACCUCAGCUGUUGACUUACCAUUUUGUUCAGGAACAGACAUGCAAGUGCAGACUUCGUUUUCUGACUAUAUGUCAGAAAGAGAGGAGACAUCCUCCAUUGGAACUGAGGCCCAAAAUAAGCAGUCACCUUCUGAGUUAUCAUUAAACAUAUUAUACCCUUUAUAUAUUGAUACUGGGGUGCAAACUUUGCCUGUGGAGAUACCACCUGGGAAUGACUGGCGUGCUGCACGACUACAAGCUGAGGCCCAGGUACAGACCUCAUUAACUUCAGUGACAGAGGAACCUUACACUGUCUUCCAUGGAGAGCUGCCAAAGCUUGAGUUAGAGAAAGAAGAAUCAGUGACAAGUGGACUGGGAGCCCAUUUUGCCCUAGAAGAGACGUCUUUCCCACCUGAACUGAUUGAAGCGGCUAUACAAACAUCUGACACUUUGCUUCGGGAAUGGGAUAAGUGGCACUUACUCCGAUCACCACAAGUUACUGCAAAGGUCCAAACAUCAACCGUUGAACUGCUAAAGAAGCUUUCUUUACUAUCCCAGAUUGAGUCCACUGAACCAAAUUCCCAUACUGAAUUACUAAAGAAAGCUUCUUCUCUUUCAGUGGCUGAACCUCUACUUCAGCCUUCAAGUGAAUUAAUGAGGAAAGCUUCUUCUUGGUCAGAAUGUGGGCCCAAGGACCAGGCCUCAAAUGACGAGCUACUGAAGAAACGUCCUUCUUCAGCACAAAUAGUCACCACUUCGGCACAUGACUCUGCAGGAAUGCUCCCUUCCUCCACAACAAAAAGAACAAUUCAUGUACAAACAUCUGACCUAGAACUAAUGAAGAAGCUUUCUUCUGUGUCACAUAUGGAAGCUCAGGAGAAGAUUUCAGAUACUGAUUUCCGAAAGUAUUCAAAAUUGUCAUUGGCUGAAGCUGGGGAUGAAAAUCAGGGGGCACUGAAAGAAAAAAAAGGGUCCCCUGUUACACCACAAGAAGUAGAAGAUCAGAUACGCAAAUGGUAUCAUGAACUUCCAGAGGUUCAGACAUCAGAGCCUCAGGCUCCAAUCCAAAGAGAGCCUUUUUGGCCCUCAACAGUGGACAGUGGGGUACAAACUUCAUAUGUUGAAAUACCAUUUGGAAAUAAGUGGCGGGCAUCACGCUUGCAAGCUGAAGCCGAGGUUCAGACUAUGGAUCUUGAAUCUUGUUCCCAGUUGCAAAGUGAUAAAGAGGCACAAGUGUCCUUGCUUGAAAUAUGGCAAGCAAGAGACUUGGCAGAUACUCAGAUGCAGACUUCCAACUUUGAUAUCACUGAAACUGAUGCAUUUGAAACAACAGAGUCCCCUCCACCAUUAGUUGUGGAUAAUGAGGCACAGACUUCACUGUUUGAUAUUUGGAAGACAAAAGAACAAACCAGUGUCCAAAUACAGACUUCUCCAGUUGAGAUGCCACCACAAGGAAUUCAGUCUCUACCAAAAGAACAAAACAACACUUUGGUGCAGACCUCCUUUUUUGACAUAUGGAAGGGAAAAGAACUAGACAACCUGGAAAAGCAUACAUCUGACAACCAGUUUUUGGAGCCAAAAAUGGAGUCUUCUGCUCCAUUACACACUGACUUGGAAUUGCAAACAUCUUUGACGGAUGCAUGGAGGAAAAAAGAACUAAGAGAUACUCAAGCACAGACUUCUUUCCAGUUGCUGGAACCAAAAAUGGAAUCUUCUCCUCCAUUACACACUGACUUGGGAUUGCAGACAUCUUUGACGGAUGUAUGGAGGAAAAAAGAACUAAGGGAUACUCAAGCACAGACUCCUUUCCAGUUUCUGGAGCCAAAAAUAGAGUCUCCUCCUCCAUUACAAGCUAAUUUGGAAUUGCAGACAUCGUUCACGGAUAUAUGGAGGAAAAAAGAACUAAGAGAUACUCAAGUACAGACUUCUUUAGAGUUUCUGGAGCCAAAAAUUGAGUCUUCUCCUCCAUUACGAACUAAUUUGGAAUUGCAGACAUCUUUGACAGAUGUAUGGAGGAAAAAAGAACUAAGAGAUACUCAAGUACAGACUUCUUUUCAGUUUGUGGAACCAAAAAUGGAGUCUUCUCCUCCAUUACAAACUGAUUUGGAAUUGCAGACAUCGUUCACAGAUAUAUGGAGGAGAAAAGAAACAGUGGCUACUCAAGUACAGACUUCCUUGCCUGAUUUACGAGCAGCAAAGGAAGAACCUCCUCUUGUGUCACAAAUGGAUGCUCAGGUGCAAACCUCUGAAACUGACAUACCUGUUGAAGAUUCAUGGGGAUCAUCACACCUGCAAGCUGAUUUUCAACAGCAGGCUUCAUUGGAUCUAAAAGAGGAGACAAACUUAGAGGCUCCUCCUCUGUUGCAAAUGGACACACAAGUACAAACCUCCCUUCUUGACCUAUGGAAAGCAAAAAAACUAAAUCAUGCCGAGAUUCAAACUUCCUGGAUAGAUUUGCCAGAAUCCACAGUACUUCCGCUCCAACCGCAAUAUGAAAACCUGGUUCAUUCACCCAUGCCUGAGAAGGUAGAGUCUCUUCCUGCAUUCCAAAUCGACUCCCAUGUGCAAACUUCCUCUCUUGACAUCUGGAAACCCAAAGAACUAACUGAUGCUGAGAUGCAAACAUCCCUGCCCUAUUUGCCACAAACCAGUGAAGUGCUUACAGUCCCAACUCAGGCUGAAAUCCCAGUGCAACCACUCACCCUUGGUUUAGCAGAUACAGCAGCUGAAUUUUCCCUCCAAGAUCAAAGUCACACAGAGCAGCAAAUCUUGUCUGAUGAGUCAAAGCCAAUGUUUGUUCAAGGAGGAAGCUCUGAAACUGAAUUACCAAAGUCUCCUUCACUAUCACAAACCAAGGUCCAGAGCUCUCAGCUUGAUAUACAGGAAGCCAAAGAACUACCUGAUGCCCAGAUGCAAUCUUCCCAUACCACCCUACCAAGUGCCGUAUUUGAGUCUCCUGUCUCAUCAUUCACAGCUGUGUCUCCUGUCACCUCAGGCAUGGCCAUAUCAACUUUGGCCUCAGCCAUGUCACCUGUUCCCUCAGGCAUGGCUGUGUCCCCUGUCCUCUCAAGCAAGGCUGUGUCACCUGUCCCUUCAGGCAUGGCCAUAUCCCCUGUCUCCUCAUGUUUGGCCAUGUCCCCUGUGCCCUCAGCCAUGGCCGUAUCUCCUGUCCUCUCAGUCAAGGCUGUGUCCCCUGUCCUCUCAGGCAUGGCUGUGUCAUCUGCCUCACAGAUAACUACAUCCCCCGUUCCUUCAUGUACAGCUGUAUCUCCUGUGCCUUCCCGCACAGUUGCAUCUCCUAUCCCUUCACAUGUGGCUGCUUCUCCAGUCCCCUCAGUCACAGCUACAUCUCCCAUUCCAUCAUAUGCAACAUCACGUACUGCCAGUCCAAAGCGACCACCCACACCUGCAUCUCCAUAUUUAAAAGUGGACCCUGCCCAUGUGGAUGAGACUAAUGCUCCAAUACAAAAAUCACUGCUUGAAUUGUGGACCACAAGAGAGGAAACAGAGGUUCAAAUGCAAACUGCGAAGCUUGGCCUUUCCUUUGAAGAAGAGUUCUGUUUAUUCACAAAGCUAGAAGAGACCCACAUGAAACUUACAGAUGUUAAGAUACCUGAAGGAAAGAAGUCGGAUAAAGUUUCAAAGGUGAAAUCAAAAACUCCUGCAUUUACUGAAGCACAGGUUCAAACCUCAUUUGUUGACAUACCCCGGGGAAAGAAAUGGCGUUCAUCUCGCUUAUGUACAGAGGCCCAAGUACAAACCUCGCAUCAUGAUAUUCAUGUGAAAGAUAGGACUCCAACUGUGCAUGAUCAUGCAGCGACCAGAAGGGUGUCAAAGGGACCAAGGAGAACAGCUCCGAUGUCUGUGCACUUGCAUGUAAAGAUGUCUCCAAAGCGGCGAACUAGCAAUGAAAGAAAAUAGUGAAUACUUGGAUUUAAAGAAAUAAAAGAUUACAAAAUACCA